AUACAUGAUACAUACUCUGUUGAAAUUGCAGAACCGAUUACUUUACCCUUAAGUUUAUCAGAAAAUCAUGUUAAACUUACUUACAUUAAUAGUGUAUAAGAUAUAUAUCAUUCGUUCACACAUAUUUUACUUCCUUUGUAGGCUGAAGAAUGAUAAAGCAGUUUUAGAUUGAAGUUUCUUGGAAAUUUCGUGAGUUGGAGUAAAUGGCUUCUAUAAAAGUAGAUUAACAAACUAUGAAUGAAUGAAGUCUAAUUCUUUCUGUUGACUGCUCUCCCUCCAUUACUAAACACAAUGGCAAGCAAACUCAAAUAUACAACCAAGGUUUACUAUGGCGGAAUCCAGUCAGUUUUGUUGGCUAUUAGCACUUCCCCUAUCACAAAAUCUCAGAGGAAAUGGAGGGUUGCUUGCAUUGUCAUAUACGUGUCGUUGUCCAUGGCCAAACGCGUUGUUUCGAGCAAGUCCAAGCUCAGAAGCUCUCCUCCUCCUCCUCGUCAGGCUGUCCUUGAAAUCAAGAGCUUUCUCGAUGAUGCUGCAGCAGUGAUGGAUCAAAAGAGGCUUGCACAAAUGGUCAAGGAAAAGAAUUUGGAUGGCUUUGGUGGCAUUGCUUCUGUGGCCAAGAUUCUGUCAACCAACGUAGACAGUGGCAUCGAUGGGGACGAGGAGGAUUUGAUGAGACGUCGUGAGGCCUUUGGCGCCAACACGUAUGUGAGGGCGAAGCCGAAGGGGCUGAUUUAUUUUGUGGUGGAGGCUUUUAGGGACACCACCAUUCUCAUAUUGUUGGCAUGCGCGGCUCUUUCGCUGGCGUUUGGCAUCCGUGAGCAUGGGGGCAAGGAGGGGUGGUACGAGGGGGGGAGCAUCUUCGUGGCUGUGUUCCUCGUUGUGGCUGUGUCCGCGGCCAGCAACUUCCGGCAGGAGAGGCAGUUUGACAAGCUGUCCAAGAUCAGUAACAACAUCAAGAUUGGUGUGGUGAGGCAGGGGAGGAGGCAGCGUGUUUCCAUAUUUGAUACUGUGGUUGGUGAUGUAGUGUUCUUGAACACCGGUGAUCAGGUCCCUGCGGAUGGCCUGUUCGUGGAUGGCCACUCGUUCCAGGUGGACGAGUCCAGCAUGACUGGGGAGAGCGACCACGUGGAGGUGGACUCAACGCGCCACCCCUUCUUGUUGUCCGGAUCCAAGGUGGCUGAUGGAUAUGGAAAAAUGGUGGUGGUGUCAGUAGGGAUGGAGACUGCGUGGGGCGAGAUGAUGAGCUCCAUAACUCGUGAUACCAACGAGCAGACGCCCCUCCAGGAGCGCCUCAACAGGCUGACCUCCACCAUUGGGAAGGUCGGCCUUGCUGUGGCCUUCUUCGUGCUCGUAGUCAUGCUCAUCCGUUACUUCACAGGCAACACGGAGGAUGAGAAUGGAUUCAAGGAGUUCAAUGGAGUCGACAGGGACUUGAACGACGCGUUCAACUCAGUUUUGAGGAUUGUAUCGGCUGCAGUGACUAUUGUUGUUGUGGCCAUACCCGAGGGGCUGCCUUUGGCAGUGACGCUCACGCUUGCCUACUCGAUGAAACGGAUGAUGGCGGAUCAAGCAAUGGUGAGGAAGCUCUCUGCCUGUGAGACAAUGGGAUCAGCAACUGUGAUAUGCACAGACAAAACUGGGACUUUGACACUCAAUCAGAUGAAGGUCACCAAGUUCUGCCUCGGAGGCAAGGAGAUUCGACAAGACUCCAUCGCCCACAAUCUCUGCGAGCUCUUCUACCAAGGAGUAGCUUUCAACACUACAGGAAGCAUAUAUAGGCCUAAAUCAGGAAAUGCUGUUGAGUAUUCUGGCAGUCCAACUGAGAAGGCUAUCCUCACUUGGGCUGUUGAAGAUUUGGGAAUGGAUGUUGAGAAGCUGAAGCAGAGCUACACAGUGCUCCACGUCGAGACCUUCAACUCGGACAAGAAACGAAGCGGGGUUUCCCUCAGGAGCAACGUCCAAAACCGCAGCUACGUGCAUUGGAAAGGAGCUGCAGAGAUGGUGCUAGCAAUGUGCUCGAGUUACUACCAGCACACGGGCGAAGUCAACGCCAUGACCAAGGACAAAAUGACCGAAUUCGAGAGUAUCAUACAGGGAAUGGCAGCAAGCAGCCUCAGAUGCAUUGCAUUUGCUUGCAAGGAAAUAGAAUAUGACAUCACAUCAAAUGAAAUCACUACCUCUCAAACCAAUCUAAGUGAGGAAAAUCUAACACUACUUGGCAUAGUUGGGAUGAAGGAUCCCUGCAGAAGUGGUGCAAAGAAGGCCAUUGAGUCAUGCAGAAUCGCAGGAGUCGACAUCAAGAUGAUAACCGGGGACAACAUAUUCACGGCCAAGGCCAUAGCAACGGAAUGUGGGAUACUAGACGCGAACCACCACGGGGAAGUGGUGGAGGGGGCUGAGUUCAGAAACUACACAGACGAAGAGAGGAGGCGUAAGAUCAAGAACAUUAAAGUAAUGGCAAGAUCCUCCCCAUUAGACAAGCUUCUAAUGGUGAGAUGCUUGAAACAAGCAGGGGAAGUUGUGGCAGUGACGGGAGAUGGAACAAACGACGCACCUGCAUUGAAAGAAGCCGAUGUAGGGCUAUCAAUGGGGAUCCAAGGGACGGAGGUGGCCAAGGAGAGCUCAGACAUUGUGAUUUUGGACGACAACUUCUCCUCAGUUGCAACAGUCUUGCUGUGGGGGCGGUGCGUGUACAACAACAUCCAGAAGUUCAUCCAGUUCCAGCUCACGGUGAACGUUGCAGCGCUAGUCAUCAACUUCAUCGCAGCUGUUUCAGCAGGGGACGUGCCCUUAACCGCUGUGCAGCUGCUGUGGGUGAACCUCAUCAUGGACACGUUGGGCGCUCUGGCACUGGCCACGGAGCGCCCAACGAAAGAGCUCAUGCACCGCCCCCCAGUGGGGCGGACCGAGCCACUAAUCACUAACAUCAUGUGGAGGAACCUGCUGCCUCAGGCAUUAUAUCAAAUAGCCAUUCUCUUAAUCUUGCAGUUUAGAGGGAAGCAGAUUUUCGAGGUGAACGAGGAGGUGAAGAACACUCUCAUAUUCAACACAUUUGUGCUUUGCCAGGUCUUCAAUGAAUUCAAUGCUAGGAGUUUGGAGAAGCAGAAUGUGUUUAAAGGGAUUCACAGGAAUAAGCUGUUUGUAGGGAUCAUUGGAGUGACAAUUGUGCUGCAGUUUGUGAUGGUGGAGUUUCUCAAGAAAUUUGCUGAUACAGUUAGUUUGAAUUUGGGGCAAUGGGGGAUUUGUGUAGCUAUUGCAGCUGUGAGUUGGCCAAUUGGUUGGGUGAUGAAGCUUGUUCCUGUCUCAGACAAACCAUUCCUAAAAUACUUGAGGCUGUGGCAUUAGAUUUGUUUAUGUUUGUAGAGGUAUGUAUGUAGUACUUAUAUUAAUUAGGUUACUAUGUUAUCAUUUGUUUUUCAUGUUCUAUUCCCAUAUAAUCAAUAUCCGUUACAUACAUAACGAUAAAAACGAUAAAUUCAUUUAUGUCUGUGACGUAUAUUGAUUAUAGGAGUAAGAAGAUGAUAAAUAAUUUUUUAAUACAGGAUUUCUAUUGCAUUGUAUCAAACUAAUUUUAAACGCUAAACGCCAAACACGUUAUUAUCGCAUAA